GUGUCCAAAUUAUCAUUGUUAUUAACAAUGAUGAUGAUGAUUACGAUGGUAAAAUCAGUUUCACUUAACUAUAGUGAUGCAUUGACAAAAAGCAUCUUAUUUUUUGAAGGUCAAAGGUCUGGUAAAUUGCCAUCUUCUCAACGUAUGACAUGGAGAAAAGACUCUGCCCUUCAUGAUGGAUGUGAUAUUCAUAUGGAUUUGGUUGGUGGUUACUAUGAUGCCGGUGACAAUGUAAAAUUCAAUUUCCCUAUGGCAUAUACAACCACCAUGCUGGCUUGGAGUGUGGUGGAAUUUGGAGAACUCAUGGGUCCGGAUUUGCAACAUGCAUUAGAAUCAAUCCGUUGGGGAACUGAUUAUUUCCUCAAAGCCACAACAAAGCCAAAUAUUGUUGUUGCACAAGUUGGCAACCCUAUUAGUGACCAUGAUUGUUGGGAAAGACCAGAAGACAUGGACACUUCUAGAACAACCUAUUAUGUGUCCGAAAAUAGGCCAGGUUCGGAGGUUUCAGCCGAGAUUGCGGCCGCACUUGCGGCGUCAUCCAUUGCAUUUAGAAAAAUUGAUGAUCAAUAUUCUAAUGUCCUUCUUGCUAGGGCUAAACAGGUGUUUGACUUUGCAAACAAUCAUCGUGGGUCUUAUAAUGAUUCUAUAGGCAGUGGAGUAUGCCCCUUCUACUGUGAUAUCAAUGGCUACAUGGACGAAUUGAUUUGGGGAGCAGCAUGGUUGUAUAAGGCAAGUAAUAAUGAAAAUUACAUGAAAUUUGUAAAAUCAAAUAUACAAUCCAUACAACCCUAUGAAUUUGGAUGGGAUGCCAAGCAUGCUGGCAUUAAUGUUCUUGUUUCUCAGUGGGUGAUGAACAUUUCAUCAAACCAAAAUCCUUUCAUUCCCAAUGCAGACAACCUCAUAUGCUCUUUGUUGCCCAAAUCACCAACCAAAUCAGUCACAUACUCCAAAGGUGGACUUCUAUUCAAACGUGGACCAGGUAACCUACAACAUGUAACAGCACUAUCUUUUCUACUAAUUGUGUAUGGACGCUACAUGCAUGCCAACAACAAAAUAGUAUAUUGUGGGAAUGUAACUGCCACACCAUCUAAACUCAUUCAUCUUGCAAAAACCCAGGUGGAUUAUAUACUAGGAAACAACCCACUUGGAAUGUCAUAUAUGGUUGGAUAUGGACAAAAGUAUCCUCAGAAGAUACAUCAUCGCGGUUCAACUUUACCAUCAUUGGAUGUACACCCAAAAAAUAUGGGGUGUCGUGAUGGAGACGAACAUUUUCAAUCAUCGAAACCUAAUAUCAACGUACUAACGGGUGCCAUUGUUGGAGGACCAGCCUACGAUGACUCUUUUCUCGACUCGCGCCUGAAUAUUUCUCAAUCGGAGCCAACUACAUAUAUCAAUGCUCCUUUUGUUGGUGUUUUGGCUUACUUCAAAAAACAUAUGUAG